AUGCCGCUGGCCGUCUUCAACAUCAAGGGAACACGGUUUUGCGUCCCAGACUACUACAAGGUGACAAAGGCCUUGGGGGCAGGCGCAUACGGCGUUGUCGCCGAAGCAGUAGACACCAGGACUAACACCACCGUGGCUAUCAAGAAGAUCUCUAAUCUCUUUGUUCAUCUUGUCGACUCUAAGCGCACACUACGCGAAAUAACGAUUCUCCGCAUGCUAGACCACGAAAAUAUCGUGAAGCUUCUCGAUGUCCUGGUCCCAGAGGACCCCUCCAACUUUGACGACUUGUACGUCGUGUUCGACUUUAUGCAAACCGACAUGCACAAGAUAAUCUCCUCCAAGCAAGACCUCAGCCCCGACCAUAUGCAAUACUUCGUCUACCAGCUCCUGCGCGGGCUAAAGUACCUGCACUCGGCAAACUGUGUUCACAGAGACCUCAAACCCUCCAACCUUCUCCUUAACUCUGACUGUGCCCUGGAGAUUUGUGACUUGGGGCUGGCUCGACUUGUGGACGACCACGCUGCAAAGACUAAGGAGCUGAAGGAUGCCGAAAAGCACGACACACAAAUGACAGAGUAUGUCGCAACGCGCUGGUAUCGCGCGCCAGAGAUCAUACUGGGGUGGCCGCAGUAUGGGAAGCCUGUUGACAUUUUCUCCGUGGGCUGUAUCUUUGCAGAGCUCAUCGCCAGAAAGCCCCUGUUUCCAGGUAGAGAUUAUAUCCACCAACUACACCUGAUCCUCGAGGUUUUGGGCACCCCGGAGAAGGAGCUUCUAGACAGAAUUGCGUCGGACUCGGCGAAGAGCUACGUCCUCGCCCUCAAGCCCUCGGCGCCGCAGGACCUUUCACAGAAGUUUCCCAUGCUGGAUGAGGCGGGCAUUGACCUCCUUACCCGCAUGCUCACACUGGAUCCCUUGAAGCGCAUCACCGUUAACGAGUGCCUCAGCCAUCCCUACUUUGAAGGAAUCCACGAUGAGUCUGACGAGCCUGUCUACACCGGUCAGCCUCUUGAACUCUUCUUCGAGAAGUACGAGCUCACAAAGCCGCUUCUUGAGAUGUGCUUCCUUAACGAAGCACGCAAGUUCCAUCCAGACGAGCUUAAAGAUGAGGUUGCAAAGCGUGCCAAAGCCCUGGGGAUCCCGGAGUCUGUGUGGAUGUAA